AUGCCAACCCAGUCUACACCUACAUCAGAGCAAAAUCACAGUAACCUCAUGGAGAGGUUUAGGAGAAUGGCACCCCCAACUUUCUUGGGGUAUGGAGGAGUGGAGAAGGCUGAGAGGUGGAAGAAACAUAUAGGGAAGAUCUUAGAGGUGUUACACUUCUCAGAUGAGCAAAAAUUCCGGCUUGGGACCUUUAUGCAUAAUGGGGAAGCAGAAUAUUGGUGGGACUUGGUAAAGCAAGCUUGGAUCAAGGAAAGGAAGGAAGUAGAAUUUGUCAAACUCCAGCAAGGGAGUAUGACUGUGGAACAAUACGUCGCUCGAUUUGCAGAGCUUUCUAGGUAUGGGCCCCAUUUCAUAAAUACCGAGGCACGAAAGGCGGCUAAAUUAGAAAGGGACUUGCAACCAGAUAUUAAGAGUAGGGUGAUGUUGACCAACAUAAAGUCAUACAUCCAUAUGGUAGAUCAUGCUCUGAAGAUGGAAAAAGAUUAUGAGGAUCACAGGUUAAGGGAGGAAGGAAAAAGGCAAACAGCAUCGUCCAAAAUGUUUGGGAAGAAACCUUGGCAGUCUUCUAGGAGAAAAGCUGGAGGGAGGCCGUACCCACCUAACUCAAGGAUCCCGAAGAAUCUUUCGAAUAAUAUGGGAAAUGAUCAUCGCCCGAAUUGUACUUAUUGCCGGAGAAGCAACCACACUGAUGCAUAA